CACGCAACGGGAUGCACCUGCAAGCCUGCCUGAUGCAACCGAUUGUGCUUCUCCAGGUCUGCCCAACGCAGUAUAUGUAUGUAAUGGCAAUUGUUACAUAAAAAUAAAUUGACCAAGAGUUCCUAUCGGCUGUAAUAUCAACACUUGCACAUAUUGCUUCAACUGCUGUAAAAAAUACAGAGCUAUUAUAUCCCCUAUAGAAGCGAACCUUGCUCCUCGUUCACUCAUGGCUCUCAAUAUCCCAGCGGCAGAUUCGGACCUUACGGCGAUCUGGGACGAGGCGAUCAAGAAGUAUAACAAUACCACAGGAGUCGUCUACAAAUUUGAACCUGGCAGUGAGCCUGCAACGAAGGCAACGGAACUUCAAAAGAAAUUCCUUGAUUUUCGGCAUAAUGAUAAAUGGGUAGACAGAAUUCGCACAUCCUUGGGGAAGUUAUCGGGUGUCAUCCAGACUCUAGUCGGCAUGGCUGGCAACAUUGCAAGCGCCUCAUUUCCGCCUGCCCCGACUAUUAGCCAGGCCCUUGUCUUCGUGCUUGGAGCAUGCAAAAAUGUGAGCGACAAGUAUGAUCAGAUUGUCGGCUUCUACGAAACCGUUAUUAUCUUCUGUGAGAGGUUGGCCCUUCUCCAAGAAAGGAUGCCUCCUCAAAACGCAUUUCGCUCACAGCUCGUGCGGUUGUUAGGGACAAUUCUAAAUAUGUGUGCCAUCGCGCAGACUUUCACGAAGGCUGGCCGCAUGCUGACUUUCACCAAGACGCUGUUCCAGGCUGAUGACGGGCUAGCAGGAGCGUACGCCGAGUUUAACAAUCAGAUGAGCCACUUCGAGUCGGCCAUCAUCACUGCCACCCUUGGCAUUAGUGUCCAAACUGGCAGGGGAGUAGAGAAUUUGGAGGAAAUGUCUCGAGAGACCCAGAGUUUGCUUCGCACGGUACUGUGGAGUGUAUCUACGUUGCCUCGGCAAGACAUUGUUUUUGGUGUGAUGGGAAACCACAGAAACGAUUCCGAGCGCGAAUACCGUGGCGUCCGUUCUCAAAGAAACAAUUCAAAUGAUACCACCUAUGAAAACAAGUUGACGGACUUAGGACAGAGAAGGUUUAGUGGAUUAGAGGGCACGCUAAAACGACUUUCUACAGGUGCUGAGUUGUCUCUUAGACAGCAUAUAGCGGAAAUGGGGUAUGCCUUCAUGCAAGACACUUGUCUUUGGUUGCACGAGACAGCGGAUUUCAAGAAAUUUAAGGAAGGUGAAAUCACUCGACUGAUUAUAAAAGGCGGCGCUUGGAGUGGCAAAAGCAUGUUGCUCUUCUAUAUCUUCUACAGCUUAAUAGCACAACGACCCGAGGCCGAAGAGAGAAUUCUCACGGCCUACUUCAGCUUCGCAGAUCGGAGCGGCAAGCGCUUCACUGUCCAAGACAUGAUAUGUUGCUGUGCGCUUCAGUUUGCUAUGCAGGAUAAUAAAUACCGUAAACGGCUCGUUGAGGAUUUGAAGGAGCGAGAGGACAAAAAACAGGACACUUGCAACUGCACAGACAAACACAUCAAGAAUCACUUAUGUCUAGAGUUGUUCCUUGAGAAAACUGAGGGAGUGAAGAACACACGCAUGUUCUUAGUGAUAGAUGGCGCCAACAUGGAAAAGAUCAAGGUCGACGACGAGGCCUACACAGAAAUGGUCAAGAUCAACGACAAGCUCAAGGAAAUCCUGUUGCACCCUGCCAUUUCUUUGGCAUCAGACAAUUCAGAAGAAAUGGAACAGCCCGAUGAAACUAGGACAGCAGUCAUCGAUUUGACAUUUAGAAGCAGACGUGAGAAUGUAACUGAAAGCAAGAACGAUUUGGAAAUAUUUGCGAAAUCUCGCCUACAAACCUUGCAAAGGCUUUCGAUGCUUCCGGAAUAUCGCAAGACAAUAAUCAUCGACGAGGUGUGCAGCAAGGCUGACAGUUUUCCAUAUAUUGAGCAUACCCUCCAUGGACUGAAUAAUAGUACGUGGCUCAAGGUUCAAUGGGGCGAGCUACCUGAAAGCACUGAUGACAUCUACAAGCAAUUGUUUGGUAGUCGCCGCAGCGCAAAGGAGUACCAGCAGCGAAGAAAAAUCUUGAUAUGGCUUGCCUAUGCAGAGCAUCGCUUUACCCUGGGUGCUAUACGACGGCUCCAUGAGUGGAUCAAGGAAAAGGGUAAACAUGAAGAUGGAGAAGACAUCGAUAUCGACGAUGAAUUAGACGGUCCCUUGUCUCGGAUCUUAUCCCUUUCGCCGAAUUUUUUGACAGCGAUAGAACACAAUUACCGAGAUUCGAAGAUAAACGAGUAUGACAAUACUAGCUUUCUCGCAUUUUCAGAGCCAUCGCUUCGAACCUUCUUCCUCCGUAAUUCUAGCGAAGAUCGGAUACCCCCCAUAGUAGUGAUGUUUGAGCUGGUUACGAUGGUACUCACUAUGGCAAAGAGUGAUGCAUAUAAUUCUACGGCAGAUGUGGCAGAUGCGGAAUUGUCCUCUUACGCCGCAAAGUCAUGGAGCGACUACCUCCUAAGGCUAAAUACUUGUGUCCCCCACAAAACAAAAUACGAGUAUCCAGGCGCUGAAUCUGUAAUCAUGAUGAUUUCUAAUGUCUUGGAUGUCGAUGAGAUAAGGAAUGACGCUCUAGCGAAGAUCGAAAGCCAGACAAAAAUUAACAGAACAAAUGCUGACAAAAUCGCGAAAUCGAUUUGGGAUUGGUCUAACAUGUAUCUGGAAGAGGAUGGCUAUGGGCCUAAACGUGCGAAACUCAAGAGCUUUUGCCGAAGGAUGAGCAACGGUUGCCGAAACUUGAGCGAAGGUUGCCAAAGUAGGAGCGAAUGUUAUAGAAAUGUUUGCAAAGAGAUUGCUAGGGCGCAUGCUCAGAAUUGGCGAUUCAGCAAAUUUCCGGUCGAGGCUUACACUUGCUUUCAACUAGCCAAUCAAAUGCUUCGAUAUUCCGGCCGUAAAGAAUUUAAAGCGGAAAUUACAGCCGAUUCUAUCAUGGAAGUUUCAGAGAAUUUAUGGGGAAAGUCAUAUAGCGCGCAAGACUAUAAGUGCCUCGCGAUGGCCUUGCGGUAUAAUGGACACUACGAUGAGGCUUUAUCAAAAGCCAACUUGGGACUAGAAUUAGAUCCAAAUGAUCCUCCAAACGAUCCAUGGACGAAGUUUGAGCUUUAUGACAGGAUCGGUCGUAUUAACUUCGGUGACGUAGAAGACUCAUAUCCUAGGAAAGACGACAAAGGGAAACUUAGAGAAGCGUUAAGGAAUCUUGAUGAAGCGGUCAAGUGUGGAGAAAAAUGCUCUAAAGACAAAGAGAAGGGAAAAGAGAAAGUUGAGAGGACAAAGCAAUUGAAACUCAAAAUUGAAAUCAAGCUAAAUAGCUGUCUCGAAGAGGAGAAAAAAAUUAUCGGGAGAAUUUCAGGGUACCCGGAAAUAACCUUCUUCGAUGAUAUUGUAAGGCACAUAGCGGAACGAGCGGAGCGGAAUCGGGGUCAUUGGGACAACAUGCAUCUGCUCUUAAAUGGCGUCAGCGACACGCAACUCUCAGAUGGAUGCAAGAAAGAAACACAUAAGUUCAUUCAAUACAGCGCGCAAGGAAAUACUAGUGUCCUUAAGAGAAUCAAGGUUUUAUACGACAAAGCUAUUGAGACCCUCGAGAAGCAGCAAAACAGUCAAUUGUUAGGCUCGACACUCCUUUGGCGUGCUAUCUUUUGGCGAUUCUACAGUCUUCCGGGUUCCGACGGCAAGGAGGAGUGGGCUGAGCAGAGUGUAAAGGAUCUUCUUUUGGUGCUAAACCCUACGACAAACGCUAGUUUUGCGACGAAGACAUUUGCAAGCUGGCAACUAAUGGACUAUUACUUUGAGGAGUUCUGCCGCCCGUUGGCCAACGAAGAAGUUGAAGACUACUUAAGCAGAAAGGAGAAGGCACAAGGCAGCAUGGAACACGUAAUUAAAUGGUUUUCGGGCAUACAAGACCCGGAUUUUGAGGUGUCCUUGUCGCCGCUGAGUAUCCCACUUGCCAUAAUAUACCGACGUACGAAGCAGGAGAAGAAAUUCUUUGAGGAAGUAGACAAGACCUUUCAUAGUUGCUACAAGGCGCUGACAGACAACGUAAUCUACAACGACAAGCCAAGCUACGUGAUGCUUGCUAAAAUUCUGGCUCUGCUAGGGCUAGAGGAACAAUCAAGAGCCGCGUUCAAAAACUGGUGCCUGGUCAGUUCUGAUUUAAAUAUCGAUGAUGGGGGGCAACGUGAGAAAGCGGACCGGACGAGGUCUAGGAAAGUGGAGAAACCAAAUCAUAAACCUUCUAAGAUUAAUGUCGAAUGCAAUGGCCCCUGCGGCACGACGAUGGACAACUUCGACGAAGACAACCCAGUCCGUCUAUGCUACUACUGCACUAAUACCAUUCUAUGUCACAGGUGCUGGCAAAAGAUAAAUAAAGGAAGUAACCUGGGUGUUUGCAGAAAGGGGCAUGAUUAUAUCGAGGUUUCUGAGGAUACGCCCAAGAAAAUAGUGAUGCAUGAACUUAAGAAGGUGUGGGAAGAAAAGUGGAAGGAGUUCUUCACGGUUUUCUAACCACUUCUCAAACAUGACUGAUUGGCUAAGGAUGAGAGCUUGGAAUAUAUUCAAAAGUCUUAGGAAGCUCCCUUUAAAGAGGAUAAGAAAGAUAGCCUCGUAGAAUGCCAAGUCCUGCUCACUGCCUACGUUUGAUAAUUCUGCGACAGUAGAGUCGGAAGUACAACUUCUGAUGUUCGGCAGUUCUUUCGAAGCUUGUGACCAAAAUAUUGAUGACGCUAAUUUCAUUUCAUAUAAUUAAAUAUAGUACUCCCGGAGAUAAUUAUUUCUUAGCCGGUUUGUGUGGGAGCUUCAGCAAAUGGACUGGCCGUCUUUCUUAGCUUCAUGUGUGCUUAAUAUAUUUACGGCAGUCAUCUCUGCUGUGGGUGAGUGCCAAGUAAACAAGAUUGUUAAUGAUGGCAACUUAAGAUUCGCUGCUUUGGAACCGCGAUUAUAGACCCAAUUUAGCCGUAACGCAAAACAAGAAAAUAGUCAACUUUACCUCAGCCUAAAGUGGAAUACAGGGAACUUCCGCCAAUCGAGGAAGGUCAGCGUGAUCUGAUAAUAUAUUCGUCGCAGGUGACCUUUCUAGCCAUCUACAGGAAAGCACUAAUGAAAAUGGAACUAAACCCGUGAAUUUGUAUAUGAGGCAACAAUCUUCCAAAAUAGUGGCAAUGAUAUCGCCCACAUUUCAACGUUUUCAAUACCUCUCAACAUGCAACUACUCCCUGUUCUCCUAGCCUCCGCUUCUGUGGUUCAAGCCCACUACAACUUCAACGCCUUGAUCUACGGCGGCACCACUCAAGCAACUUGGCAACAAGGUAUGCCCUUUAU